AUGGAUCGGCCGUACCAGGGCGGCAGCGCGGCGGCAUCGUGCGUGGAGGAGGGCGGCAGGAAAGGCGAGACCUUGGACGACGCGGCCGCGGAGGAACUCGCGGCGAAGCUUCGUCUGAAGUUCCGGACGGGCGAGACUCGGAACUUGGCGUGGCGCGAGCAGCAGCUGCGCAACCUGGUGCGCAUGGCGGAGGAGCACGAGGAGGACAUCAUGACCGCGCUCAAGACCGAUCUGGGGCGCGGCCGCAUGGAAGCCCUCAUUGAGGUGUGGCACUGGGUGUGGGGCGUUGAUACAGAGAGAGUGCGAGGGUGCGGGUGGGAUGCGCAUGUGGUGCGCAUGACGGAGGAGCACGAGGACGACAUCAUGACCGCGCCAUGGGGCGCGGCCGCAUGGAGGCGCUUAUCGAGCGGUGUGCCGAUGGCAUCGAGAGGGCGAACAACGAAAGGCUGA